AUGGCUAGGACUUCUGCAGUUUCAGUUCUGGUGGUUCUGUUGUUAUCAGCAGCUACAUGUUUUGCAGCAAGAACUAAGCUUUAUAUAGGCAACAAUGAGGGUUCGAAAUCUGUGGCUCAUUGGGUUGAUGAUGGCGGCAUUUGCCAAUCGAUGGUCGAAUCGCAAGGCUAUGCAUGUGAAGAACAUCAGGUGACAACAGAAGAUGGUUACAUACUUGGGAUUCAGAGAAUGCAAGUAGCUAAGUCUGGCAAGAAUGCUUAUAAACCACCAGUCCUUAUCCAACACGGAUUGUUCAGUGAUGGUGCAACAUGGAUGCUUAAUUCCCCUGCUGAAUCUCUGCCAUUCUUGUUGGUCGAUGAUGGUUACGAUGUUUGGAUUGCCAACACUCGUGGGACGAUACACAGCCAAGGCCACACAUCAUUGAGCCCUAAUGAUGGAGCUUACUGGGAAUGGUCAUGGGAAGAGCUAGCAGAUUAUGACCUUCCUGCCGUGUUCCAAUAUGUAUAUGAUCAUACGGGACAACAGAAACAUCACUACAUCGGACAUUCCUUGGGGACUUUGACAGCAUUGGCUGCAUUUGCAGAAGGGGACUUGUUGAACAUGACAAGAUCAGCAGCUUUGCUUUGUCCAAUUGCUCAUCUUAACCACAUCACUUCGCCUUCGAAAAUCGCUGCUGAUAUGUACUUGCCCGAGGACAUAUAUAAGCUUGGAUACAGGGAAUUUCUGAAAGGAGGGCUGGCUUUUACCAAGUUCCUAGAUGUUGUCUGUAGUAAACCUGGCAUCAACUGCACUGACUUGGUAGCUGCUAUGACAGGUCCUAGUUGCUGCGUGAAUGCGUCGAGGGUCGACCAAUUCCUCGACAAUCAGCCUCAACCAACAUCAGUGAAGAACAUAGUCCAUCUCUCCCAAAGAAACAUAGCGAAGUUUGACUAUGGAAAUGAAGCAGACAACAUGGACCACUAUCACCAGCCAACUCCACCUGCCUACACCAUGUCCAAGAUUCAACCUUCUUUCCCUCUCUUCCUUGCAUAUGGAGGCAAAGACAUGCUCGCCGAUGUAGAUGACAUGGCAAUCCUCAUAGACAACCUGAAAGAUCAUGAUGACACCAAGCUGGUGCUCCAUUUCGUGGACUCCUAUGCUCAUGUAGAUUUCGUCUUUGGUGUGAAUGCUCAUAGUGUUGUGUAUGGUCCAAUCAUGGACUUCUUCAAGCUCCAUUGA